CCAAUUCGUAUGUAUACAUGCACAGAAAACGUGAUUCGAACUAAACGUCAACGUCUUUCAUCUCAACAGUAAGAAUGAUCGAUAACCGCGAAGCCGUCGUUCGUGAAAUUCAUAACAAAAGGAGCUUAAUGGCCAACGAGACGUUUUUGCACGAUUUAUCUCUAAACGAGGAGUACAUUCUCGACAGGACCGACAUAAAAGUAAUUUUUAUUACGCUCUAUACCAUCGUCUUCAUUUCCUGUUUUCUCGGUAACUUAAUGGUGAUCAUCGUAGUGACAUUUUCUCGGCGUCUGCGCAGUAUUACGAAUUUCUUUCUGGCGAAUUUGGCAAUAGCCGAUUUCUGCGUCGGUAUCUUCUGCGUAUACCAGACCUUGACGAACUAUUUGAUGAACAGUUGGCAACUGGGUGAUCUCCUCUGCAAAGUCUACAUGUUCGUUCACGCGCUUUCCUAUACAGCAAGCGUGCUGAUCCUGGUGGUAGUCUGCGUAGAGCGAUACCUGGCUAUCGUUUAUCCGAUUAAAUGCAGGUUCGUUCUGACGAGAAGUCGACUGCAAUUCGUAAUUAUGAUAGUCUGGAUCGUUGCUGCGAUUUACGCCUUCCCAAAAUUCUUCUACGUCGAGACCAUGCGAAAUCGCUUGGUCACCGGCGACGUGGACAUCAUCUGCAUAGCUAACAUCAAGAAGCACAACAAAACUCUGUUGGACGUGGUAAACCUCGUCUUUCUUUACUUACUCCCGCUCCUGCUGAUGUCGUGUCUCUAUUCGAGAAUCGCCAUUGGUCUGCGAAGAAGCUGCACUACCCUCGGCAACUUAAGCUUAACGACUAAAAACAAAGAUGGUAGCCUUCGUCGUGUUCAUGCUUCGAGCAGGAACGAACUUCGUGCCAGACGUGGUGUGAUAAGAAUGUUGAUCACCGUAGUUAUGAUGUUCGCCAUAUGCAACUUACCGCAACAAGCACGAAUCGCCUGGCGCCACCUGGGCCUGAAUUACGACCGGACAUCAGACUUCAGCACUCUCCUGACCUUAUCGACCUUCUUGAUCUCCUAUACCAACUCUUGCCUGAACCCUUUGCUAUACGCUUUUCUCUCCCGCAACUUCCAAAAGGGAAUGAGGGAGCUUUUCGGCUGCAGAAGGGCCAGAGAACGGAGCAGUGUCUUAGCCAUGGGGUACACAGGGGACACGGGGGCGCGCCACGAAACGAGCACGAAUCUUCCACGCCAUAGCUCGCUGACUCGUUUCAAUUCCGAGCAAGACAGUACCGUUGCAGCACGAUCAAGUGGCAAGUAACGAGCAAAGCAUUCGCUACGAG